AUGAAGAAACCAGAGGUUGAUACCAACACUGUUGUCAAAUCUAUCAAGCAAAGAUUUUCAAGCGUUUUUGAACAAUGCAUUGGUAAAACACCCAACUUUACAUGCUCUUUAAAACUAAAGGAUAAUUCAAGACCUGUGUACUUAAAACCCAGACCAGUACCUCAUGCUCUUCGAGAAGCUGUUGAGAAUGAACUAGAUAAACUUGAAAAAGAAGACGUAAUAGAGAAAGUGGAUCAAUCUGAGUGGGGAACACCGAUUGUUGUGAUUCCAAAAGCAAAUGGAGCGGUCCGUAUUUGCGCGGAUUACAAGGUAACUGUGAACCAACAACUACAUGACAGUCGUUAUCCAAUACCAAGAAUAGAGGAUAUCCUUAACAAAAUGAGAAAUGGAAACUAUUUUUGCACUUUAGACAUUUACAAGGCUUAUUUACAUCUUUCAGUGGACUCUGAAAGUUCUAAAGUCCAGACAAUUACUACACAUAAGGGUACAUAUCUAGCAAAAAGACUGUUUUUCGGAAUUAAGACUGCCCCAAAUGAAUUUCAUAAAUUUAUUGACCAAGUCGUACAAAAUCUUGAAGGGACAGUGGCUUAUUUUGAUGAUAUUGUUGUACAAGGCUGCACUUUUGAAGAAUGCAAAUCCAGGCUCAUAAAGGUCUUAGAAAAAUUGGAACAACACAAUCUACAUGUGAAUGUUGAAAAAUGCAAGUUUUUUGAGAGAAAGGUGCAGUAUCUGGGUCAUAUCAUCAGCAAAGACGGUAUCCAGAAAUCACCAGAAAAGGUGAGGGCAAUCCAGGAUGCUCCCCGUCCAACAAAUAUCACAGGAGUGCGUCAAUUCCUUGGACUAGUACAGUACUAUUCAAAGUUCAUCAAAGAUGCAUCUACACUGCUAAAUCCCUUACAUCAGCUUCUAAGGAAAGAAAAACGUUUUCACUGGUCCCAGGAAUGUGAAAAAGCUUUUACUUGUGUUAAAGAAGAGAUAGCAAGUGACACAGUCCUUACUCCAUACAACCCAGACUUCCCCGUGAUACUUGCUACAGAUGCUAGCCCUGUUGGCUUAUCAGCUGUGCUGUCUCAUAAAAUGCCAAAUAAUGAAGAGAGACCUAUUGUAUUUGCCAGCAGAUCCCUCACUGCUGCAGAGCGCAACUAUAGCCAAUUGGACAGAGAAGCAACUGCUGUAUAUUGGGGAUAUUACCUCUCAAGACAUCCCUUACCCAUAAAAGAAGAGAAUAUAAAUGUGGUUGACGAAGAUUACACUGUUCGAAGAGAGACAAUACACUGCAUAACAACCGAUACAAUCAUGGCUAAAGACAUAGAAAAAGAAACAUCACUUGACGAAGAACUCUCUCGCUUAAAGGAAAAGCUCCUAAACGGAGAAGUCGCUGACCCAGAAAUAUCACUUCAAGACGGAAUUAUUUUUAGAGGAAAUCGUGUUAUCAUUCCAAAAAAGCUACAACCUAAAAUCCUCCAAGAAUUACACUCAACACACGUAGGAAUAGUGCGGAUGAAGAGUCUGGCAAGAAACUACGGUUACUGGAAAAACAUUGAUACAGAUAUUGAGAGUAUGGUGGCAAGUUGUAAGGCAUGUUGUGAGAAUAAGAAAAAUCCAGAGAAGGCUCCUACCCAUGUUUGGGAAAUACCAAAACGCAAUUGGCAGCGAGUCCACAUGGAUUACGCAGGACCUUUUCUGAAUCACAACUUCUUGAUUGUUGUAGAUGCCAGGUCAAAGUGGCCAGAAAUAUAUCCGAUAAAAAGUGCGCCAACAACUGCCAGUACUAUUCAUUACCUCAGAGAAAUAUUCAGUCACCAUGAGUAG